AUGAGAGUUGUGGCAGGGAGGGUACUAUCAACAAUAGCGAAACGGCGGAGAUGGCUAAGGAAGCCAAUCUCUGCCGACAUCGAUGAGUUGCAUCGUUUGGAACUGCCGGGGUUUGGGGGCUACCCGUUUACGGGGUUUUAUGGGAAGCCAGAGACUUCCUACCGUAAUGAAUCUUGGCAACUUUUGAGUACUCUUCGAGGCCAAUCGAGUCUUCCAUGGAUGUGUGCAGGGGAUUUUAAUGAGUUGCUAUCUAAUGAUGAGAAAAUUGGAGUGACAAAUGAUUGGCUGACAAAGUUUGGAGCUAGCUAUGAAGAGCAUAUUCCUACAACUGUUUCUGAUCAUUUAUUUUUGUAUGUAAGAGUAAGUGAUCAUCAGGAGCUGCGAUAUGGUAGGCAAUUGAGCUUUCGUUUUGAGAAUAUGUGGUGUUCACAUGCUGGAAUUGAGGAGGUGAUUCGAAGUGCUUGGGAGGAUCUGGGUGGGGUGGAUGUUGUAAGUAAAAUUCAUCAAUGUGGGGAGAAGCUGAAGCAGUGGGAUAGAAAUGUGUUUGGGAAUGUGAAAUACAAAAUUGGUUGGAUGAAACGUGAGUAUGAUAGAAGGUAUAAUGAGGCGCAGUUAGGUGGUCUAACGAAGGGACUACAACAGUGUCAAGAUGAGCUCAAUGAACUUUAUAAGCAAGAAGAAUUGAUGUGGCGGCAGAAAUCUAAAGCUACUUGGCUUCGGGAUGGGGAUCGGAAUACAACCUAUUUCCAUUCGGUAGCUUCGGCCAGGCGGAAUCGAAAUUUGAUUGCAGGGAUUAAGGAUGUUGAUGGGAAUUGGCAGACGGAUAUGCAGGUGAUUGAAAGGGAGAUUAUGGAUUAUUUCCAAACCAUAUUUGCUUCUUUGAAUCCAAUUACAAGUAAUAUUAGAUUGGUUACAACGAAAGUGGCGGAUCAUCUGUCGGCGGACAUGAAAAGACAUUUGGAAGAGGAAUUCACACCUGAGGAGAGGUUUUGGGGCAUUGUUGGCGCUGAUGUUACGAAUAUGGCACUUUCGUUUCUAAAUCAAGGAGAAAAUCAAAGUGCUUUUGUACCUGAGCGUAUGAUUUUUGAUAAUGCUUUUAUUGCUUUUGAGACUAUUCAUUUUGUGAGAAAUAAAAGGUCUGGGAGAAAAAAGCACAUGGCCUUAAAGCUUGAUCUUAGUAAGGCCUAUGAUAGGGUAGAGUGGUCUUUUCUUGAGGAUAUUAUGUGUAGUAUGGGGUUUCCGAGUCGAUGGGUAGCUCUAGUCAUGACGUGUGUGCGUACAAAUUUUGAGAAAGCUUCGGGUCAGCAGAUAAACAUAGAUAAGUCAGCUAUUAUGUUUAGUUACAACACUACUUCUGGCUUACGGGAUAGUAUUAUGCAGAGGUUGGGGGUUGAAAAGAUAAUGGAGAAUGAUCGAUACUUAGGACUACCAAUUAUGAUCGGUAGAUCUCGUACUAGGGAGCUUCGACUUAUCAAGGAUCGGCUUUGGAGUCGGGUGAAUACGUGGAAAGGUAAACUUCUUUCCAUUGCUGGCAAGGCAGUCAUGAUACAGUCGAUAGCCCAAUCUAUACCUUUAUAUCUGAUGAGUUGCUUUCAAUUUCCAAAAUCUUUCAUCCAUGAACUGAAUAUGGUAAUUGCGGACUUCUGGUGGGGUGAAAGAAAUGGGAGAAAGAAGAUCCAUUGGCGAAGCUGGACAGAUUUAUGUGUUUCCAAGAUGGAUGGGGGACUUGGCUUUCGUGAUUAUGAAGCUUUCAACCUUUCGCUCUUGGCAAAGCAGUGUUGGCGCUUAGUUCAAAACUCGGAUUCGUUAUGUUUUAGAUUAAUGAAAGCUAAGUAUUUUCGGGGUUCGAAUUUCAUGGCAGCUCGUCAAGGUAGGAACCCUUCAUUUCUUUGGAGAAGUCUUUUGGCUGGGAGAGCAGUCUUGGCAGAGGGCUGUCGAUGGCGAGUAGGUGAUGGAGCUAGUAUAAGAGUAUUUGUUGAUAAGUGGAUUAAUUCACCUCCUAGCUACAAGCCUAUGUCUCAGUAUGUGGAGGAUGAAAAUCUGAAUAUAAGAGUCAGUGACUUAAUUGAUGUUGAUCUAAAAGCUUGGAGGGUUGAUGUGCUAGAGCGGUUGUUCAGUGAUGAGGAUAAAUUUCGAAUACAGUGUCUUCCUUUGUCUUCUUAUCCAAGGUGUGAUAGUCUUGUUUGGAACUUGGAUCCUAUGGGACAAUAUACUGUAAAAUCAGGGUACUUUGUGGCGCGUAAGCUUCUUGGCAGAGAAGAAUUUCCAAUUCAUUCGAGAUCGAUAAUUUGGAAGUCAAUUUGGGAUGCUCGUAUAUAUCCCAAAGUGAGGUAUUUUGCGUGGAGGUUGGAGGUGUGGAAUACUUCUUGUCCUCGGAUGGCUAAUUUUUUGGAGGAUGAAAUUGAGGAAAUGGAAUUUUGGUCUAGAUUAUUUAGUCGAGCAGCUCAAUUGGGAUCGAUAGAAAGAGUGCUUUUCACUUUAUGGGCUAUUUGGACUAAUCGCAACAGAUGUUAUCAUGAGGUUGUGUGUGGUUCUGCUAUAGCUCUCACAUUGGCUGUGGCUCACCAUUUGCAGCAAAUGAUCCAAGUGUUUCCUGGUGAAAGACGAGGAGGAAUUUCAACACAACUUGUGCGAUGGAUGCCUCCAACUGUUGGGAGUUUUAAACUCAAUGUUGACGCAGCAUUUGACAAGAAUAGAGGAGUUGCUGGUUUAGGGGCAGUUAUUCGGGAUCAUAACGGUGAUGUAAGGAGCUAUGCUACUAAGCAACUUAGUUUUGUAAGUGAUCUUUUUUAUGCAGAGAUUUAUGCAAUUAAAAUGGGACUACAAUUAGCAAAAGAGGAGGGGUUACAAAGGUACUUGGUGGAGAGUGAUUGUUUAGUAGGGAUUUCAGCUAUUAAUAGCAGUAGUACUUUAUUUUGGGAGGGAGCUUGUUUAAUUGAUGAGAUUAGGAAUUUAGCCACAUCUUUCGAGAGUAUUAGAUUUAGACAUUUAAAUAGAAAGGCUAACUAUUGUGCUCAUGGUUUAGCAAAGUUUGCUUUUCAAACUUGUACUGACUAUGUGCGGUACGGGGAGUUACCCCCCGAUGUUUGUAAUCCGGAUUUACAAUUUUAA